AUUAUUAAUCAUAAUAAUGUUUUUUUUUUAAACCGGGAGAUAUACAAACACUUGCAUAUAGGAAUAACACUUUUUUCAUGAAUUUUUUAAAUGUGUUGAAUAUAAGAGAAAAAUUAAUUGCGUUGAUGACAUAGAGUAUGACGUCCUUAUGCCAGUUACAAAGGAUAACACCUUCACCAAAAAUGUUUCUGCAUUCGACAGAACAGAUUUUUUUUUUAAACCAACUUUAUGCCAAAGUAUUACUGUGAAUAUUGUGAUAUUUAUUUAACACAUUCGUCUCCUGGGGGAAGGCGUCAGCAUAAUGCAGGGAGAAAGCAUAUCAAUAAUAAGAUCGAUUAUUUUUUUAAUUUGAUACGUAAUCCAAAAUUUGUUCCUCCGGCUCAUGUAUUGGAAUCUGGAUUGUUUGGUGGUAUGAAUGUCAUUAUGGGAUCACGUCCACCAAUCUUACCGCAAAAUAUUGGAAUUCCUGGAAUUUUACGACCGCCUUCUAUGAACCCAAUGGUUCCUUGGGGGAAUUCAAUGUUUAUGCGAGGAAGAGGUGCUCCAAUGCCCCCUAUGGUAGGAGUUGCCAACCCUAUGAUGAUGCCUGGACGAAACGGUUCGAAUGUCGUCAUGCCACCUCACGGCUAUCAACCAAAAUUAUUUGAAAGACCUCCAUUUUCGUAACUGUAAAAAAUGAGCCAUAGUUUUUUUUUCGUAAACCUAUUCGAAAUAAAAAAAAACCUUUAAAUAAAAAAGUUUACAUAUUUUUUAUCAAACCGUUAAACACCUUAAACAACAAUUAAAUCAAUUGUUUAUUUUACGACACGUUCAAUUCUUUACGUGUGCAAUCCGUCCGGCAUGCCGAUGUUGUCACCUUGCGUGUUACUUUUUUCGAAAACAGAAUAACUCAGUUUCAAUCGCAAUGUCGUUAUCAGCAAGCAAUCGUUCUUGUGAGCAAGACUCUUUUCAAAAGGCUUCUCAAAACGUGCAUCAUGCAUCUCAAGCUGAAGUGCCUAGUGGUGGAACAACGCGCAACAAUGCUAACCAUGCAACGUCACCUUUGUCUAAUCUAGAAGUAUGUCCUGAAAAAAUACUCAAAUUAGCCCCGUUAGAUGAACAGUUUCGAUUAUCAAAAAACUCUAAAGGCCCCGCCUAUUGUGUUGAUGAAUUGUGUUCAUGUAAUUUACACAAAUGUGUCCAAUUGCCCAAACCAAGGCCGUUCACCGCUGAAUCGCAUUAUCGCAGUGAAUAUUAUCAAAAAACGAUACCAUCCGAAUUUGAAGGAAUAAAAAACUACAACUCCGACGGUACGAAUUGGGAGUCAGGAUUAAACGGGGUCCCUAUGUAUAAACCUAAACCGGAUAAUCGUGAUUUUUCGACUGAAACAAGAAGUCAAUUUGUUACCAAACAACUAGAAGGAACUGCUGAGAAAGUUUACGGUCCCACUGAUUUACCUUGGGGUAUUGAUCCUAAAGUAUGGAAAGAAUUUGUAUCAAAAAAUGGACCAAUGCCUUUAUCACAAAUACCACAAUAUUUGCGUUUUAAUUCUCGACCUGAUACGCGAGAUUUCGCUACCGAAUCACGGGAUCAAUUUAAAAACAAAUAUAUUUCCGAUUCUGCAACCGUCGGAAAAAACGGCUGCCCAGAGAACGUUGAUCCAAAAAUCUGGCAGGAAUAUGUUGAUUUAGUGGGAGAUACUGCAAAUAUUACAGAUUUCCUUGCGCGCUAUUCUUAUAAAAGUCAUCCAGAAACCCGGGAUUUCAGUACAAAUUAUAGAUGUAGCUAUGCUGCUCCCGAAUCAAAGCAGUGUCAACUCAAUUACCUACCACAAUAUCCAGCCGUGGCAUGGCCACGUCAACACAUUUUUUGGGAUUCCGUACUAAAGCGUUGGUAUUAA